AUGGCCAGACUACCGACAGCAGCAGCACCCGUGCUAAACGUAGCACCAACAAAUCACCGACGGACAAAGUGGAAGAAUUUGUCACCUCAGCCACCAUAUUUCGCACAAGAGGGGAUCAGCAACGAAGACGCCUUGGAAGGUCUUCCCCUCCUACUCACGGGAACGGCCCACACCUGGUGGAAAGGCGUCAAACUACAAAUUAAAACAUGGGAUGAAGCCAUGAAACGACUUCAGGAGGUUUUCGCUCCACGGAAAACCGGCUACAAGAUCUACUUGGAGAUCUUCGAAGAGAAGCAGGUCGCAAAUAUGUCCACAGACCUUUUUAUUACUAGGAAACGGAGUCUGCUCUCACAAAUCGAGCAGCCCCUCGAAGAAGCUGUACAGUUGGACGUUUUAUUUUGA